AUGUGUGACAGUAAUGGUAACCUUCAGCACCAGCAGCCGCUUUCAAAACUGCAGCCGCACUGUGACUCAUCGGCACUAUCACUUUCAUUUCGACCGCCCACAACUGCCAACGUUGUAGGCCAUCUAAAUAAUGAGGCUAUCAGUGGUGGUGGUGGUCGAAUUCUUAUCAGCGGCAACAACACCGCCAACUCCUCUUCAUUCACAACCACCAACGCCUCCCCCGCAGCAAUGACACAGCUAGUGAACAACAGCAGUUCUCGUGACAUAUCUUCACCGAACAAUAACAACCUGCCGGCCUUUGAGAUGAUCACCUCACCCUCUUCAAAUAUCUCCUCCAACUCGACAACGCCCUCGCCAAUGUCGGUCGUCUCCGCCUUUGGCAGUGCUCUUGCCGCUCAGGGCACAGGCACUGCUGGACUGCCGGCAACCGAUGAUCUUCUUAACAACAACAACAACAACAACACUCGAACUGGCACGGCGAUGAUCAUGACCACCACGGCCACGGCGACGUCUGCAAACAACAACAACAACAACAACAACAACAACAACAGCAACUCCAACGCCCAAUCAAUGACCCUGCCGGAGAUCCUCGAGGGCAUCACCAAGUCGGAGCACUUUCCGACGGUUCGCCACCGCUGGAACACCAACGAAGAGAUUGCCGCUCUGCUGAUUGCCCUCGACCGCCACGAACAGUGGCUCUCGGAGGAGGUCAAAAUUAG